UAAAAGAAUUCGCAGCAUGUUAAAGCAGUGUCUAAUCAAUGUGGACUUCUCGCGACUGCAUGCCAAUCAGCAACUGCUCCCAAAAUGUGGAGAAAUAUUCUACGGAAGCGAAAACGAACACUGCAGCUUCCAGCUGGUUUGUUGCCUCUGCGAAAUGAAACAUUUUGCUUUUGACGAUUUCUCGAUGCACAUACGCAAUGUGCAUUUCGACAAGCAGGGCAAACCGCGUACGCAUGUCAGAGCCAACAAUAAUGAUGCGUAUCAACAGCUGCCGCUUUUAAAUGCAACACCAUCUACAGUCACCGACGAGCGCAGCGAUGGAUCAGAUGAAGAUGACAACGUCGCUGAUGCUGCGGCCAUUAAACCAUUGCGUGUCUGUGCAUUCAAUGAGGUCAAACUGGAAAAUGUACUUUUGGAAAACAAUAAAAAUUCCCAGGACGAGGACUGCUGCCAUAGUGCAGACGAACUGGACGAAGCCACAGCAGGUUCCCAGAAUUUCAGCGAUGUCGACGAUGACGAUACUGCAGAUAGCGAAACGGAAAUUCAGUCUGUAUUUAAGAAACAACGACCCAAGGAGUACAAAUGCAAAUAUUGCGAUGGCAAAUACACGACUCUUAAAUACCUAAAUAUUCAUCUUAAAAUGAGCCAUCCGUAUCCGAAGGCCUUCAAGUGCAAUGAUUGUGAUGCCAAUUUUGACGUAGAACGCGCCUUGUUAACGCAUCGUCGCAAGGUCCACACAGAGUUUACGUGCAACCUGUGCGACAAGGUAUAUAAAAGCUCACGCACUCUUCUACGUCAUGUGCAGGGGCACUCGGGUCUACGGCAAUACAAGUGCGAGCAUGAGAGCUGUGGCAAAUCCUUUGUUAGCCAACACAAUUUAACAUCGCAUCGUCGCGUCCACAGCACAGAGCGCAACUAUGUCUGUGAAUUAUGCGGUUAUCGUUCGCGCUAUCGUGAUGCACUCAUCGUUCAUCGACGCACGCAUACGGGCGAAAAGCCGUUCAAGUGCCAGACAUGCGCACGCUGCUUCGCUUCCAAGUCGCUGCUUAAUGAGCACCAGGCCAUGCACUCAACGGAGCGGCCGUACAAGUGCGAUAGCUGCGAGGCCUCCUUCUCACGUCCCAAAGCUCUCUAUCAUCACAAGCAUCUGCAUUUAGGCAUCAAGAAGUUCAAGUGCAAGAUCUGCGGCAAUGCGUAUGCCCAGGCAGCGGGGCUCUCAGCCCAUAUGCGUGGCCACAAAGCGCAGGCCGUCAAUGGUAUUAUUGAUAAUGGUUCAGCUAUAUCCUGUCCACCUCAUUAGUAUCCUUGAGCAUCCCUAUAGUAAGCUAAUUGUACAGCCUUCUUUAAAUAUUAAAAAUCUGCACAAACUUUAGUUAUAAUACUUAGG